CGACAACAACGAGCUGCAACAUGCUACCCUCCCUCAAUAUGCAGGGUCAGGUCAGGUUGAUGAGCUCCGGAUCGUCCUUGUCUUGCGGUGCAUACGCUGAUUGAUGGCCAUUUUCGCGAUGCAGCCCGUGAUGGUCUCACAAUCCCUCGCCGACGCAGAAACGACGAGACCCGCAGCUGGCCGACAUCCCGGCGUCUCCACCAUCUAAAAUAAAAACAUAGAACUAAGAAAAACACUGUACACACCACCACCCGCUCCAGCCGCAGAAGGGAAGUCCCCAGCGGCAUUGUCUUCAGCAUGCUCUUUGAGCCCGAGGAGCUGCCGCCGUCCACGCCGCCGCUCUUCGACGACUCGGCCGGCGAUGCCUGGGUCCCGCUCUACCGCCAUGGCUGCACCUUUGGGCCGGACCUGUUUGUCGACAAGAUGAUGAACAUGGUCCGGAACCCCAACCUAAACUCUAGCUGGCUGUUCCGGGCCGACAUUCUCUACGAUGACGACGACGACGACGACGAUCACGACAACAGAAAAAAUGACGAUGACAACGAGACCGCCGGCGGUGAGGCGGGGCAGGCGAGUGCUGCCGCGCCCAUCCCGCGAGACAUCAAUGGCUUCCUCCGGCGGCGGACCCUGGUUCGCAAGCUCAUCCCGCGCAACGACCGCAGGGACCGGCCCAUGGAGCAGACUUGCACGAUUCACCGGUCAGAAUCCCCUGACGGGCAGCACGUCCGCUCCUUGGUGCUCUACAUGCCGCACGCUGCCUCCGCUGCCGAGCUCCCCUUCUACCACCCCAAGGUCUGCGGCAUCGCCCACUUACACGAGUGGGAGCCGGCUCGGGGGCUGGGCUCGAUAUCGACGCACUUCCUGCCCUUCCGGCAAGGCGACCUGGACAACGACCAGAAGCUGCGGCGGAUGGCCUACCACCUCCUCGAGAUCCUCCACAAGCACGGCCAGGGUGGCGCCUCGGGCUACGUCAAGCGCGUGCACCACGAUGUCGUCAUCCCGCAGCCCAAGUUCCAGGACCGCUACACGGCGCUCAAGAACAAGUACGCGCGCCAGCUCGUCGAUACGUGGGCCGAGUCCACGGACCCUGGGAAACAUGUCUUUGAGGACCUCGGCAUCGCCGCGUUUCUCAUCGAGCUCUGGGAUGUCAUGUAUAAGGACCCCGCCGCGUUCCCCGGCUUCGUCGACAUCGGUUGCGGCAAUGGCCUGCUUGUCUACAUCCUCAACAAGGAGGGGUACGCCGGAUGGGGCUUCGACGCCCGCGCGCGCAAGUCCUGGGCGCAAUACUGCACCGAGACGACGGCAGGGGGCGCACCGGCCGGCCGGUCCCUCGAGCAGCGUCUCCUGCUACCCCGCGUGGUGCCCCGCUGCAACGACGGCGCGGGCGCGGAUACGACGACGACGACGACGAAGCAACAGCUCGAUAUCGACGCCGACGCCAUCCAGGACGGGACCUUCCCGCCGGGGACCUUCAUCGUGUCCAACCACGCCGACGAGCUGACGCCCUGGACCCCCAUCCUCGGCGCCCUGUCGCGCUGCCCCUUCAUCACGAUCCCCUGCUGCAGCCACAGCCUCACCGGCGAGCGCUUCCGCGCGCCCCCGCCCCGCGACAGGUCCAAGCCCAAGUCGACGUACGCCUCCCUCGUCGACUGGGUCGCGCACAUCGCCGAGGACUGCGGCUGGGACGUGGAGACGGAGCACCUGCGCAUCCCCAGCACCCGCAACGUGUGCCUGCUGGGCAGGAGGAGAAGGAGCAGACGACGCGCCGUGGUGGGGGACGGUGGCGGCGACGCUGACCAUAAUGAUGAUGAUGCCAAUGACGACGACAACGACGACGAUGUGGACAUUGAUGCCGUGCUGCACAAGUAUGGCGGCGUAGAGGGGUACUUUGCCAACGUGGCGAAGCUGGUCAAGUCUGGGCCGCGCAGCCAUUGAGUGAGUGAGUGAGCGGUCUCACCAUAACCUACUUCGUAGGUAGGGACAAGCGCGCAGUUGGCGUUGUGGGUAGAUAGAUGGAUGGGGACGCCCUCGACCGAACCUUGGACACAAGACAGUAGACGGUCCAUCCCACGCACAAAGACAGUAUAAACACGCGAGAACAGAGGCUGUCUGGCAGACAGACGUACAUACUGGAUGAUAGAACCCCGUCAUAUAUAGAACAGACACCCAGCCAACCCACCUAGGGGCCGUGUGGUACCUAAACUCCAUAGCCAUGC